AUGGCAUCGACUGGACCCAGAUGGAGUCUAUAUCCACUGCUAGCGGUUGUGGCUGUGUUUGAAUUCGCUUUGGGAGGAUCUCACAUAGCCUAUUGCUCUCCUUUAUUUUUCUUUUUGUUUCCAUUUAUAAAUGCUGCAUUCGGGUUGGUAACCGCGUUUCAUGCUAUAUUUCUGAGAUAUCCCAAUAGAUGUGAUUUUUAUCUUCAACUAACAUGCACUUCAAUCGGGUUAUUUUUCUUCUUCUCUUCUCUAAUGGAGUCGUACUGUAUCAAUGAGUUCAAAUAUAAUGAUGAAACUAUAAAAGAUGGAGUUUGUCAUGGGUUGAAGUAUCGUACAAUUGCGUUGGUUGGGUCUUGCAACGAUUUACUUGCAAAUUUGCAACUUUCGAUUUUGGAUAAAUUUGGAUGGGAACCAAAGGAAAGAGAUUGGAUUCGAUUGUUCACCUCGAUUUCUCUGUCUGUUCUUUCUGGAAUUCAACUUCUCAUCUGCACCAUUCUAACAUUUUACAGUGCCAUUGAAACUAAAAUCCGUCUAUACUCGUACCAUUACCAAGUCGUCAUAUCAGUGUUGCUGAUAAUGAUUUCGUUUUUCCAUCUUCGAUAUUGCUGUACUUUCUUCUUUCUGCAUCUUCCACUUGCCAUUGGGUUGUUCUCCCUGCUUCAGGGAAUUGUGUCAUGGAGAACCAAGUGUCAUGGAUCAACCACUCGAGCAUUGAACAUCGUUGGAGCUGCGUUCGCAGUAAUUCUGAAUGCUACAACGAGUUUCGGAAUUUUCUGCUGGUUCAAUAGAAAUACAGUACCCCAUAUGAUAACAAGACAUUGCCAUUGGUUGUCCCACCGGGAAGCAUACUGUAUGAGAGUUGUGCAUUUCACGCAUCCCUAUAUCGACUGGUUGCCACAAGAAACAGAAAGAGAAAUUGCUGCGAUUCAAAUCACAGUCCACACCCUUCUAUUCAUCUUUUCUUGCAUUCAAUUUGCCAUUUCAAUGCGAUCAGCAUUCUCGACUAAAAAACAAUACUUGUAUUAUUGA